AUGUCCCAACAACAAGACACCACCCUCCGCAAUCGCGGCAAGGGCUCCUCCUCCACCCCCUCCAAAGCCUCUUCCGUAGCCUCCUCCACAGUCUCUGACGUCGCCAAAAACGUGUCCAAAAGCGCAAAGAAGGCAAAGAAGAAUGCGAAAACCGCCGUGGCUGCCCAAAAGGCCGCCGAGGACAACCGGAUGGAUUUUAUUGACGCCGUCCGUGGAUUCGCGAUUUUGGCCAUGGUUGUGGUAAACUACCAGACAGGUCCCGCUGUAUUCAAGUUCUUGGGGCAUGCCGAGUGGAUGGGCGUGACUUAUGCGGAUUAUGUGUUUCCAAUUUUGUUGUUUACUAUGGGUGUGUCGAUAGCCCUGUCGUACCGCCCGUCUUCCAGCAAAUCCAGCCCAUUCUGGAUCAUCUUCCGCGGCAUCAAGCUGUUUGCGCUAGGAGCCGCCGUCCACCUUCUGUACACCCCCGGCGUGUUGGAGGGCAACCCGCAAUGGGAACAGUUCAGGAUUUUCGGCGUCUUGCAGCGGAUGGCGAUUGUCUACACAAUCAGCGCCCUCUCCUACGCCUUCUCCCAGUCCGUCGGCAACCUGAUCAUCUCCGGUUUCCUUCCCCUGUUCGCCUGGCACUACCUCACGUACAAUUAUCCUUUGCCGGCAAACUCUGCCCCCGCAGGCUCGACCCCCUGCCCGCCCGGCGCGCAAUCCAAGCUGCAACCCCCUCACUGCACCGCCCAAUCCUACUUCGAUCGCCUUCUCCUCGGCGGCACCUCCCACCUGCACAACAACGGCACCUACGACCCCGAAGGCACGCUCUCGACCCUCCCCGCGCUCGCCGCCGUCUGGGCCGGCGUCUGCACCGGCAGCGCCCUCGUCCACGCCAGGACCCUCGGCAAAAGCGACCUCCAAUACUUCCUCGGCUCCUUCCUCAUCGUCGGGCACAUCAUCUCGCGCGCCGGUCACGCCUUCGGAGCCAAGGGCGGGAUGACGUUCGACGAGUUCCCCUUCCUCUUCGACGAAAAGACCACGUUCUACCAACCCUACAGCAAGAAGCUCUACACACCCACCUUCUUGCUCGCCACCACCGGCGCGGCGCUCAUCCUCACCGCCCUGAUCUCACUGACCUCGAAAUCCGUCAGCGGAUGGAACACGCCCCUCCACGCCGCCCUCCGCACCGUCGGCAGAAACCCGCUCGCCAUCUACAUCCUCUCCGAACUCGCCGCCGCGGCACUUAAACACGUCCGCGGAGCAUACCCCGUCCCGCUCGCCCCAGCCAUCGGCGCCGGGUGGAGCACGACCACCGCUGUCGACGCAUCCCUGUGGGACGUGGCGUACCAGUGGGUGGACGCUGCGGUGCAGGCCGGUGGGGAACUGGUGCCGGCGUUGAAGGGCUGGAAGAGGGCGCCGUGGGUGGGGCUUGUGUGGGGGCUGACGUGGGCGUUUGGGGUGUUUGUGCCGGUUGCGAAGGUGUUGGAGAGCGUUGGCUUGUUCUUGAGGAUGUAG